AUGCUGCCCCUCCGCCCCGCGCUGCUGACCAAGCGCUAUCGCGGUGGCUCGGCUUCGCGCUCCCGGCCGGGCCGCGCGGCAGCCAGAGCGGCAGCGGCGGCGGCGGCGGCGGCAGCAGGAGGAGGGCGCGGCGGCGGGGCCCUGGCCUUGGGCCCACGCGGCGGCGUUGGCGGGGUGGGCCGGGUGUCGGGCCGGCGGCGCGGGCCGGGGUCGCCGCGGGCAGCCCGGAGGGGGGCGGAGCAGGAGCUGCACGAGCCGCCGCGCUCGUGCGCGAGCUGGCCGGUAGGGGCCGUUGCCACCCCCCGCAGGGGGAGGGGGGGCGGAGCCGGGCGCGGCGCGAGGCCGGGUCGCGCGGCAGCCGCGCUGCUCCUCUCCCAGCCGGCGGCGGCCCCCGCGGCGGCCAUGGCUGCCGUCCUGUCCCCGCGCCUCUGCGACAGCGACCCGGCCACGCCCGGCACCCAGUCCUUAAAGGAUGACACAGAAGAAAAUUCCAAUGAUGGCAGCCAGCCAUCCAAAAGACGACGUAUGGGCUCAGGGGACAGUUCUCGGAGCUGUGAAACUUCUAGUCAAGACCUUGGGUACAGCUAUUUUCCUGCCGAAAACUUGAUAGAAUACAAGUGGCCACCAGAUGAAACAGGAGAAUACUAUAUGCUUCAGGAGCAAGUCAGUGAAUAUUUGGGUGUCACUUCCUUUAAAAGAAAAUAUCCAGAUUUAGAAAGACGAGAUCUAUCUCACAAGGAGAAGCUCUACCUCAGAGAACUAAAUGUUAUCACAGAGACUCAGUGCACGUUAGGUCUAACAGCCUUGCGUAGUGAUGAAGUAAUUGAUCUUAUGAUUAAAGAAUACCCUGCCAAACAUGCUGAGUAUUCUGUUAUACUGCAAGAGAAAGAACGUCAGCGAAUAACAGAUCAUUAUAAAGAGUACUCUCAAAUGCAGCAGCAGAACACACAGAAAGUAGAAGCCAGUAAAGUUCCAGAAUAUAUUAAAAAAGCUGCCAAGAAAGCUGCAGAAUUCAACAGCAAUUUGAACCGAGAAAGAAUGGAAGAAAGAAGAGCUUACUUUGAUUUACAGACGCAUAUUAUCCAGGUGCCUCAAGGAAAAUACAAAAUCUUACCUACAGAGAGAACAAAGGUUAGUCCUUAUCCAGUGGCUCUCAUACCCGGCCAGUUCCAGGAGUACUACAAAAGGUACUCUCCAGAUGAACUUCGUUACUUGCCAUUAAACACAGCUCUUUAUGAACCUCCUUUGGAUCCAGAGCUGCCUGCAUUAGACAGUGAUGGAGAUUCAGAUGAUGCAGAUGAAGGACGGGGUGAUGAAAAACGGAAAACCAAAGGCAGUUCGCCAAAGGUCAUUCCAAAUGCUAUAUGUGGAAUUUGUCUGAAGGGUAAGGAGUCCAACAAGAGAGGAAAAGCUGAAGCUCUUAUACAUUGCUCCCAGUGUGACAACAGUGGCCACCCUUCUUGCCUUGAUAUGACCCCGGAGCUUGUUGCUAUGAUUAAGACUUACCCUUGGCAAUGUAUGGAGUGUAAAACGUGCAUUAUAUGUGGGCAGCCUCACCAUGAAGAAGAAAUGAUGUUCUGUGAUGUAUGUGACCGUGGUUAUCACACUUUUUGUGUGGGGCUUGACGCUAUCCCUUCAGGUCGCUGGAUUUGUGAUUGUUGUCAGAAAGAUCCUCCUGUACCCAGAAGAGGAAGAAGGGGGAAAAACAGCAAGGAGGGCUAAAUAC